AUGGAGAAGAACUUGAGGUCCGAGGUCCAGGUCAACUGGAUCUGCCCCCCUGGAAACUGGAACCCCACAAUGACGGCCCAGGGUGUCCUCUGGAUCCUGCUGGGAUUGCUGCUGUGGCCAGAGGCUGGAAAAGCCUGCCUGCCUUUGUUCAUGGACUUCGUCAUCCAGGCCCUGGGUGAGCUCGAGCAGAAGGCGCCAGUGACCGAGACCAGACCCACGGCCUCCGCAUGGCUACUGUCAGCCCAGGACGCCAGCCCCCAUGACCCCCUCCGCCGCUUCCUGCUAAAGAAGGAGGGCCUCAAGGCCAUCAAACUGGAUCCCCACCUGCUGAGCCCAAAGCUUCAAGGCCUGGCAGAGAAAGUGGCCCAACAUGAUGUACGGGGUGGGCAGGAGUAUGGGGUGGUGCUGGCACCCGAUGGCUCGACCGUGGCUGUGCAGCCUCUGCUGGCUGGGCUGGAGGCAGGGCUGCAGGGGCACCGGGUGGUGAACUUUCCCUUGGACAGCACAGCUCCCCCUCAGGAUGCCACAGCCACCUCUCCAUAUGUUGGAGCCAUGGUUCCAGAGGUAAGAGCCACCUCCCCAGGACUCAGAGUGGCCUCACCAGAUGUCACCUCUCUAGAUAUGGAAGCUGCCUCUCCAGAUACCAAAGCCACAUUCCCCACCAGCGUGGACAGCCUCCUGGUGGUCACCCUGGCCAAAGACCUGGGUCUAACCUUUCUCCAGGACCCCCAGACCCAGAGCCCUCCUGUCCUGGGAAUUGAGGGCUGCUGGGACCAGCUCCAUGCCCCCCAGAACUUCACCCUCCUGGACCCCAAAGCCUCACCGCUCACCACAGCUUUCUUCAAUGGUGCCCUGGAUGGGGCCCUCCUGGGAGACUACCUGAGUUGGAUCCCUGAGCCCCGGCCACCCCUCAGCCUCCUGCUGAGCCAGUACUAUGGAGCUGGUGUGGCCAGAGAGCCAGGGCUCCGAAGCAACUUCCGACGGCAGAAUGGGGCUGUCUUGAUCUCGGCCCCCACUCUGACCCAGCAGGUGUGGGGGGCCCUCCUCCUGCUACAGAGACUGGAGCCCACACACCCCCAGCUGCAGGGCAUGAGCCAAGAUCAGCUGGCUCAAGUGGCCAGCCAUGCCACCGAGGAGUUCACCAAGGCUUUUCUGGACUGCCCCGCCAUUCACCCCCGCUGCCGCUGGGGCGCCGCGCCGUACCGGGGUCAACCGAUACCACUGAAGCUGCCGCUCGGCUUCUUGUAUGUGCAUCACACAUACAUUCCCGAGCUGCCCUGCACCGACUUCGCGCAAUGCGCCGCCAGCAUGCGCUGGAUGCAGAGCUUUCACCAGGACACCCGCGGCUGGGACGACAUCGGCUACAGUUUCGUGGUUGGCUCGGAUGGCUACGUAUAUGAGGGCCGCGGCUGGCACUACGUGGGUGCGCACACGCUCCGCUACAACUCCCGAGGCUUCGGGGUGGCCUUCGUGGGCAACUACACGGCGGAGCUGCCCACCGAGGCCGCGCUGCGCACCAUGCGCGACGAACUCCCGCGCUGUGCGCUGCGCUCCGGCCAUCUGCGAUCCGACUACAAGGUGCUCGGCCACCGCCAGGUCGUGAGCACCGAGUGCCCCGGCGACGCGCUCUUCAACGUGCUGCGCACCUGGCCUCGCUUCGCAGCCGAUGUGAAGCCAAGAACUGCUAGGAGGGCCUCUUGGAGGUCCAGAAGGGAGCUACCCCCACUCCUGCCAGCUGCAGACCCCCAAUAAAGAGACC